UCAAACGAAAACAUCACGGGGAAGCAGACGAGGAGAGAAAAAUUCACGAAAAAAACGUAAAAGGAAGGUGUUUCUGUGCGUGUCGGUCGGACGGUGCUGAUUAUUGCCGCGAGUGCACCAGAGUCGUGUUUGCUGAAACGGUGGCUUGAAGUGAAAUACACACUCACACACAGCUUUUUCCACUGUUUCCGUCGAAGAAGGGUAAGAAGAAGGAGCAGGACGGAACGCGGACAACCAAUCAAGUCAGCUGCUGGGUCUUCGAUUUUCACCCUGACGUGACAGAGAGACGGCACCAGUCCGAGGGUACCCAUACGCGUGAGCUGGCUGGCAGGGAGGUGUCGGCAGUUGUGUGCCUUUCUGUGCUACAGAAGAAGAAGGCAGAAAAUCGAUUCCCCCACACACCUGAGGUGCAAUAAUAAUGCAUAGAGUGCGUCUUGGCAGUCCGAUCGGUGGGUGGUGCAGCGAACGGCAACAAGCAACUGGAGGACGUAGCUGGACCGCCACCAGCGGCAGCUUCCGACGGGUGGUGCAUCCUUCCCGACCAGCCACCGUAGAUCGUCGGGCGUAAUCCGUCGGCGUGUGUGUGCGCGUGGGAAGAAGGUUUGUUGUUUGGCCGCUUUGGAGGGCUCUGUGGGGGGCUGCAUUACCAUCCCUUGCCAAGACCUUCGACCAACCAACGCCUCCGGUGGCUGCCGAGAGGUGUUUUUGGUCGCUUGAUAAAACUGCCCUCAGCAUUCGGUCAGCGAGAAGCAGGAGCAACGCCAACUGCGAACGAAGUGCGUGUGUGUGUGUGUGUUUAUGUGUGCGCACACCCAUGAAAGUGUGUGCGUGUGUGUAGAAACCAACCAGCAAAAAGUGGUUUUUCCUCUCGGGUCGAUUCUCGAGCGGAAUCGGAAUUUUCGAGCAGCUAAAUAACCCACUAUCGAGCGGAAAAGGGAACGAGCGAAAGAGAGGGAGAUAGAGAGAGGUCCUUUUUCGGAAUUUUAUGGCAGUGAAGUGAGUGAAAACCACACACCAAAAAGAAAAGGUGGCCGAUAAUGCAGAGGAUUUCGUUGGCAAUGGCCAGCGGAGGUUUGCCGUCGUCCUGGGACGUGUGGUAGUGUGAUUAAGUGGGUGUGUGUGUGUGUAGCCGUGCGUGCGUGCAUUUUUUCCCCCGUGUGUAGUAAACACACCACUCAUUCAGUAGGAGGAAGUUGAGUGACGAAGGGCAGGUGGGGCAGAUGCUUUUAUUUUGCCUCCAACAGGCGAAAGGAAGAGCAAAUGAUACAAAAACGACCACUGAUUCACAACCGCUGAUUGUGUGCCCCUGUUGAGUGUGUGUUUGUGUGUGAAGCUACGUGAAGGUUGUGCGCGCGCUCCAGUUUGUGUGCCCGUGCUUGUGUGUGCGUGUGUGUGCCGCAACGAAUAUCCUUUUUGGUUGGGUGAAAGCAGGCGCACACUGUCUACUUUGAUUCGGUCCGGAAUCGCCCCGCCACGAACGAGUGAAGGAGACCGAAGCACAAUCGAUUCUUUCGGCGGAAAGGCAGCGGAAGCCCCUGGAGUCAAUAACGAGGGGGAGCAAUUAGGAGAGUAAACGGUGGCAGGAAGCGGAAACGGCAUUUGUUGUGUUUACCAAAUCUCAUCUGGCUGCUGGCCCUGUGACGCUGGGCAACGCGUAAUUGAUGGAAAAACGCCCACCAUCAUCACCUUGACAGAGCUGCGUGGUUGUUUUCGAGGACGAUAAUAACGCUCGGACGUGUUAGAGAAAGUAUCACACCAACGGCGCAUAGACCCCCGUCAUCGUCUUCCUAAAAAGCACGAUGAAGACGGCGCCGAACAUGGACAGUUGUCAACCGAGCCUCGUCACCUAAGGGUAGCCGAAAUUUGUAGCGUGCGUUAUUAUCACAGCCCAGCGCAUCGCUGCUUACCUCACCGGGUUCGAAACGGGGUGGUCAUUUCACAUACACUCCCUAUCCCGCUCUCUCUCUCUCUCCUCUACACACUCUGGAACUGGAAAGACAGCGAAGAGUGCAUUUUGCUGGUCUGAUUUCAACUUCUGAAGAAAGCGUGAGCGAGAAAAGGCGUACGCCAGGUGAUAAGAAGCGGAGAACGUAGCUACACGAAUCGAUACUGUGUUCGGGUGCGUGUGAGACAGCGUGACUUCAACGACAAACGGACGAGCGGCUGGGACGAGUACACUGCGCUGCAUACAGGAACCACCGGACGAGUCAAACCGGCAAGAUGGUGUUAUCUUAGAACAGAUUUGCCUGAUAACAUCCCGGAACCUCCCGAGUGCGCGAGCGGUGCACCCCAGCGCGAGCGAACGAACAGCCAACACAGCAGAAAUGAGUCAAAAGACAUCGACGAGCGGUGGCGGUGCAGGUGGUGGUGGCAAAAAUAAGACAGCGUCUUCCUCCACCGUCAGUCACAAACAAUCGAGCGAAGGGGCAACUUCAGCGGCCACCACACCGUCGACCGAUGGCACCCGCACCAAGUCGGCCCAUUCCUCGGUGCGAUCGCUAAACUUUGACGAUCCGGAGCUGCUGCUGCCGAUGGCUGGACCGGUCACCACCGGGCGCAAAGCUGGAACCGAGCCGUCCACCACCAUCGCUGCGAAGGAACGAAGCAACAGCAGCGCCCCCAUAGGGACAAACUCACUGGCCGCCGGGACGAUUGUGUCCGCGUCGAAGCCACCGCACUCGAAGCAGCCGCCCCACCAGGAGGAGCAAACGAGGGCGGUCGGAGCGGGUGGCACUAGCCCGAACAGUCAGCCGUCGGUGAUAGGCAGCCCGGGCAAGAUGGGCGUGAAAAAGCUCAUCCCACAGCAGGCUGUCGCGCUGCAGAAGCAGGAGCAGCAGGAGACGACGAACCCGCCGUCGGUCGACCGUAAGUCGACGUUCAUGAAGGCAUCGUCCGUGCCGGUACCGGCGUCCGGCUUUGGCGUCGGUGCGCCCGUCGCCUGCUCUUCGCCGCUCGGUGCCAAGGUACCGCCGUCGGCUAGCGUUUCCCCCCAUCAUGGGCCACCCGUGUCGCCCCAGCCAUUGAACGCGCCUGUGAUAACGACGACGAUCGGUGGCGCUUCGCCAACCACCGCGACGACGGGCGCGUGCGCCGCCGUCGUGAUGCGCACCUCGUCCGGCUCGAGCCUGCACAAGUCGGCCUCGUACCGGAAGUCGUCCUACAAACCGCAACACUCGCACUCGCUGCGCUACUCCGGCAGUGGCAGCGACAUCUCGAACCUGGUGCGCGUGCGCAACUCCACGCUGGGCAAUUCCGCCCCGACGCUGUCGCUCAGUGCGAAGGAGAACGUUGGCUUCGGGCUGGGGGCGCUCGGUGGUGGCGGUGCGUUCUUCGCCGGCCAGAAGCGUCCCAACUCGUCCGCGUCGUCGUCGUCGGCGGCCGCGGCCGCCAGGAGUGCGGCCGUCGCCCGCCACCGGCUCAGCUUCGUCGCGAACAUUUCGCCCCGAUCUCACUCGCCCAUUCCCGCCAGCCCGAUCGACAGCCCGCGCAUCAACUCGCCCAGUAUUAUGCAGUUCCCGUUCAUGCCGAUCAAGCGCAUCGUGUCGACGGCGGCAUCGAAGAGCUGCGACAGCCGGCGGUGGUCGGUCGCGUCGCUGCCGUCCAGCGGGUACGUGACCACGCCCGGCAGCUCCAACAUUUCCUCGCAGUGCUCGAGCCAGGAGCGGCUGCACCAGUUCCCGGCCGUGCCGACCAACGACGAUCUGCAGCUGCUGUCGCUGCACUUCUCCUCGAAUGACAGCAAUCCGGGGCUGGGGGAGGCGCGGACGCAUCACAGCCAUCUGCAUCAUCACCACCAUCACCUGCACCACCAGCACGGGUACGGGCAGCCGCAGCACCAUCAUCCGCACCAUCCGAUGGUGGGCCCAGCGCACCAUCACGCUCUCCAGCAGGCGCAGCAGCAGUCGCAUCUGCAUCACCAUCAUCAUCAUUCCCUGCCGGCGGGUGGCGCCGGUACGCAUCAACACCCGCUGGCGAUGGGCCCGCCACCCUCCUCGAUCUCACCACAGGCCGGCGGCAGCGGUUCGCUCUACCACCAGCAACCGCUCAGCCUGCAGGCGCACGUGGGCUACGGGCCGGGGCCUAAUGCACCCACCGGUGCGCCGCUGGCGUCCCACCAGCAGCACUGUGCGCUGAAAUCCUCCGUAGGAUCGUCCGGCUCGGGCAGCUGCGGCAGCGGCGGCCCGCCCACCAGCACCAAGGACGAGCUGAACAACUUCUGCGGCUGCCGGUCGCCGAUCCAUCGGCCGCGGUCGCGCAGCCUCAGCAGCCCGAGCCACUCGCCGAUCACGGACAGUGAAAUCUCCAUCAUGAACACGUUCUACAAGGAGCGCUUCCCGAAGGCAACGCAGCAGAUGGAGGAGCGGCUGAGCCACUUCAUCAACGAGAACAAAACCAUCGUCCACGACAGUGCGCGCAACUCGCAGCCGAUCGUGCGGUUCGUGCACCACCAGGUGCUGGAGAUGGCGCGCGACUGUCUGCACAAGUCGCACGCGAAGCUGAUCACCUCGCGCUACUUCUACGAGAUGAGCGAAAACCUCGAGCGGCUGCUGAUGGAGACGCGGGAAAAGUCGCCCGAGGCGGCGCCGGAGAUAACGGGCGUGAUCAAGAAGCUGCUGCUGAUCAUUUCCCGCCCGGCCCGGCUGCUCGAGUGCCUCGAGUUCGAUCCGGAGGAGUUCUACCGGCUGCUGGAGGUGGCCGAGGGGCAGGCGAAGGUGACGCAGGGCAUCAAGGCGGACAUUCCACAGUACAUCAUCCAGAAGCUGGGCCUGAACCGGGAUCCGAUCGCGGAGCUGCAGGAAGAGCUGAACAUCGAGACGGCCUCGCUCAACUCGAGCGUUAACUGUGCCGAUCUGGAGGAGGAGGCCGAGCAGGAGGAGCUCGUUGAUAGGCGUUCGCGGCUGCGCAGCAAUCGGGCGGCAGUGCGGGCGGACGAUAGCGAGCUGGCCGAUGCAAACUCAUCGAUCGCAAGCGAUCGAACGUCGCGCGCCGGCGAUGAAAUGACGUGCUCGACGCCGAAAGGGUCGGGCUCGUCCAGCUCGGCGGGCAAUAGUGCUGCCAGCAGCACCAGCAAUGUGCUCAACAACAACAACAACAACAGCAGCAGCACUGCUGAUGCGGCAGGAAACGCCCCGGUGGGAGCUGCCAACUCACCGGCCGGCCCGACGGCGGGCACCGUCGGCAAAAGCUUCAAGGCACGCUCGAACAGCGCGGUGCCGAACGAGAAAGACUUUGACAUUCUCAAGCUGAUCUCGAACGGUGCGUACGGUGCGGUCUAUCUGGUAAAGCACAAGCAAACCCGCCAGCGGUUCGCGAUGAAGAAGAUCAACAAGAACAGCCUGAUGCUGCGCAACCAGGUCGAGCAGGUGUUCGCCGAGCGGGACAUACUCAGCUUCGCCGACAACCCGUUCGUCGUCAGCAUGUACUGCUCGUUCGAGACGAAGAAGCACCUCUGCCUGGUGAUGGAGUACGUGGAGGGGGGCGACUGCGCGACGCUGCUGAAAAAUCUGGGCCCGCUGCCGUCCGACAUGGCGCGCUUCUACUUCGCCGAGACGGUGCUGGCGGUCGAGUAUCUGCACAGCUACGGCAUCGUGCACCGGGACCUGAAGCCGGACAACCUGCUGAUUACCGCGCUCGGGCACAUCAAGCUGACCGAUUUCGGGCUGUCCAAGAUGGGGCUGAUGUCGCUGGCGACGAACCUGUACGAGGGCUACCUGGACAGCGAGACGCGCCAGUUCUCGGACAAGCAGGUGUUCGGCACGCCGGAGUACAUCGCGCCGGAGGUGAUCCUGCGCCAGGGGUACGGCAAACCGGUCGACUGGUGGUCGAUGGGCAUCAUACUGUACGAGUUUCUGAUCGGCUGCGUGCCGUUCUUUGGCGAAACGCCCGAGGAGCUGUUCGCGCACACGGUGAACGACGACAUCGAGUGGCCGGACGGGGACGACUGGCCGCUGCAGGAGGAGGCGAAGGAUCUGAUCACGGCGCUGCUGCAGCAGAACCCGCGCGACCGGCUCGGGACGGGCGGGGCGCACGAGGUGAAGGAGCACUGCUACUUUUACGGGCUCGAUUGGAACAACCUGCUGCGGCAGAAGGCGGAGUUUGUGCCGCAGCUGGACAACGAGGAGGACACGAGCUACUUCGAUACGCGCGUGGAUCGGUACAAUCACGAGAUCUGCGGGGACGAUACGGACGAGAUGGAGGACUCGCCGCUGUUCGGGUCGUUCAGCUCGUACUCGCCGCAGUACCGCAAGCAGCACAGCCUGUCGCAGGCGUCGAUCGGGUCGAGCGGCAACUUUGGCGGCAGCACGGGCAGCCGGCUCAGCGGUGGAGUGGAAGGCGCGGCGCCAGUUGUACCCGUGACGGUAACGGUGGCGGCGAGUGUAGCCGUCGCACCAGCACCAGCAGCUCCGUCCGCUUCAUCGUCCGGUUCGUCCGUGCCGGAUGCAAUCGCACGUGACGCUGGUACGAUCGUUACGGUGACCGGUGCGUGCAGUGUCACCACAACACCGCCCACAGCGACCGUUUCUUCCGCCACCGUCAAACCGACGAUCACACCGGUGGUGGAACCAUCGAGUGGGCCGCCACUCACCAUCACCACACCCUCGACGCUGGUGAAACCGCAGCAGCUGCCCAGCCUGUUCGAGGACGGGUACGACACGGCCCAUGCGCGCCCGAACGACAUCAGCAAGCUGAUCAUUACGCCCGAGCUGCGCAAGUUCAACAUCAACCCGUCGCGGUACAAGAUGCCCUCCACGCCCGAUCUCGACUAUCUGCCCGAGCUGGCCACGCCGGACCGGGAAGACUUCCUGGCGCACCACGGCAUCAGCCUGCGCCCGGCCACCGUCAAUCUGAGCGCGAUGCGCGGCGCCCCGGGCACGCCGGAAACGCCGGACACGAACAAGCGGUUCAGCGACUUCUACCCGCUGUCCUCGCUGAAGCAGCUCAGCACGCCGGAAUCGUCCCAGACGGACAGCGAUGACGUGUCGCCGCAGAUACAGCGCAAGCGCAAGAUCGUGCACAACCGCAUCCUGCCCAAGUUUUCCAUCUCGAUCGAGGACGACCAGAGCGGGCACGAGACGUCCUCGUCGACGCCGUCCCAGAUCGUCACCUCGUCGCCGUCGAGCUCGCUGCACAACCUGAGCGGCGGCACGGCCUCGCGCCACAUCGUCAAGUCCGCGUCGGCCCUCGGGCUCUCGCUGAUGACCUCGUCCGACGAUUCGUCGUCCGCGGUGACGACGGCGGUGGGCCGGUCGCUGGCGGGCAGCAUGGCAAUGGCGGGCAGCCGCAACGCGACCGGCACGACCGCGUCGAAUCUGUCCUCGUCGUCCGGCUGCAGCACGGGCGGUGUCGCCUCGUCCACGAUGCACUCGGCCGGCAACUGCUCCAGCACGGCCAGCUCGCGCGACACCUCGCCCUGCCGUGAGCUGAGCCCGCUGGUGACGAACCUGAAGCCGCCGCUGAUCAUCAAGCGGGGCCCGCGUGGGUUCGGCUUUACCGUGCACACGAUACGGGUGUACUACGGCGACACGGACUUCUACACGAUGCACCAUCUGGUGAUGGCGGUCGACGAGGGCAGCCCUGCGUUCGAGGCCGGUCUGCGGCCGGCCGAUCUGAUCACGCACGUGAACGGGGAAGCGGUCCAGGGGCUGUACCACACGCAGGUGCUGCAGCUGCUGCUGAGCGGCUCGGAGCUGGUCAGCCUGCGGGCGACGCCGCUGGAGCACACGAGCAUCCAGACGGGCGGCCGGAAGCGCGAACCGUGGCAGAGCAAGUUUGCGAAAAAGUCGACCCACAGCCGGCGCAAGCAGAAGAAGGACAACGAGAAGAAGCGCAAGGCGUCGCUGUUCCGGCGCAUCAGCAGCAAGCGGGCGAGCGCCGAGAUGCAGCAGAUGGUGGCGGGCAUCCAGUCGCCGACGUCGGUGGUGCCGCCGAGCCGCAGCUUCCAGUCGCUCGCCCGCUUCCAGGGCAGCCAGCCGAACCUGCUGCAGCCGGGGCUGGGACCGGUCGGAGGAGUGGUCGGGGCGCCCGUGCCCGGGGUCGGUGCCUUGCCCCAGUCGCCGGUCGGUCCGCUACCCCAGUCCAGCCUGGCCGGCGGGACGGGCAGCUCGCCGGUGAAUCGGCUCAUCCUGUCGCCCCUCAACUCGGCCGGCACGCUCUACAAUCCGACGCUUCCCUCGCCGGGCUCACCGAGCACGUCCGCCCCGAGCACACCGACCGGCAGCGGUGGCGGCGGCGGUGUUGGUGGUGGUGCUGGUGGUGGUGGUCCGUACAAUGACGGGGCCCCACUGUACCAGCGCCCCUCGACGCUGCACGUCCUCAAGCACAAGCUGCACUCGUCGCCCUGUGCCAGCAACAAGGCGCUCCAUUCGGCAGCGGCCGCCGGCGGUCGCCCCUCGAACCGGAGGAAAUCGGCCGACCACAUGCCGUUGUCACCGCUGGCCCGCACCCCCAGCCCGUCACCGCUGCCCGCCUCGCCGACGCGCUCGUCCAGCCCGCUUGCCUUUCCGGUGGUGCAUCCACUCGGUGCGUCCAACACGACGCAAUCGUACAGCCCGGGCGGGCUGCCCACCGCCGCGGCCCUCGCCGCUACCGGUCUGCCGUCCGCCGUCGUGCCCGGCAUCGUUGCCGGCGGCAUUGGCGGGUCGCCGACGCCGCCCACGAAGAAGGGGUUCCCGCGGGCCAAGACGGCCGAACCGAGCUCGCCGCUGCUGCGACGCGCCCUCUCUCCCGACCGUCUCCAUCCGCGCAGCGCAGCCGAAAGCAAGUGCGUCCUGUCGCCGCUCUGCUGCAACACGUCGCUCAAGACGACGCCGCGCACGGUGGCCGGCAUUUGGCGCUCGAACCAAAACUCAACCAUCACGACCGCUGCUGGCAGUGCAGCGGGUGGCGGUGUGCAGCAGCUGACAUCGUCCACGGUAGCGCCGGAGUCUUCCGGCGGGUUGGCGUCCGCAGCAAACAGCGUCAACAACAAUCCACAACCGACUGUGGCAACGACGGCGGCGGCGGGAGGCGAUUUGAAGACAUCGAAGAAUUCCACCGGCGGGAAAGCAACACAGCAGCAGCAGCAGCAGCAGCAGGGAACGUUGGCGAAGGAGGAUCUAAGCACUAAGCAGCAGCCAGCGCUCUCGUCCGCGGACAAGCUAAUCCCACUGAUGGAAAAGAUGGCGAUAAAGGAGGGCGAACCGUCCGGCAGUGUGGCGGCGGCCAGCAUCAACAAUAACGGUGGCGGUGGCGUCGGUAAGAAAGCGAAGGAGUAAGACGCCCCAGGCAAAGGAGGAGGUAACACACGACACGACAACGCUAUUAUUGUUAUUAUCAUUUUAGAGCCACCAAGAGCCUGAGAAGGAGAGUGAGAGAGCUUUUUGUUUUAAUUUCGAGUUAACGUUUGGCCGCCACCACUGUUUUGGGGUUACGGUUUUGCCAAUGUUGUGAGGUUUUUUGGUGGAGCUCUCGCAGGUUGAAGGAGAAGUUUAGUCCCGAGCAGGGACGAUACAUUGUGUGAUCGAUCGCGGCUUUGCGUGUAUGUAUAUUUUAAUUCUGAUAGCCCCUAGAGGUGUGGGAGGUGUACGCAGUCCUCCCCUCUCCCUUUCCCCUCACCCUUUAGCAUCUGUUAUGUUAAACACAUUAUGUUUAAGUGAUACUGGUUAGUUGUUAGUUUCGCGGUAUCAUCGUCAUUAUUAUUAUUAUUAUUAUUAUUAUCAUUGUGGUUUAAUUAUUAUUUUGUGCGUAAGAAUCCAUGCUAUUAUCGCGACACGCCGUUUUUUUACAUUUACUCCCGUGUUUUUCUUACUAUCUCUUUCUCCGCUCAAUUUAUUUUUUAUUGCAACUCAACUUGAUUUCAUCCGGCAAUGCGGAAACAAAUAUAACAAAAAAAACACACAAAAACGAAAUGAUUAUGCUAAACACAAACGAAAAUUAGUGAUUUUGAGAGAGAGAGAUGGAUCCACUAAGGAAUAGACGGGGUCGGGCAAUGACUAAAGCUGCUAACGCCUCUCUGUCUCUCCCCCCCACACGCGUUUAUCAAUGUUUAAAGCAGAGGAGAGGGAAUCUAAGCCACUACAUCCCCCGUAUUUUUGAUCGAUAAACGCAAUCGAAUUCGAAACUUAUCGUGCGAAAAGUGCACAAUCUUAUACUGUGUGUGAUAUUCUUGAUUUUGGAGGUAGAAGUCGGGAGAAAACAGUCAAAAACAGUCGAAUCAAUAAACAAAAAUCAGUAGAACGUAAUGUCUAAAACUCGAUACAUAUACAUGUGUGUGUGUGUGUGUGGAGCAGAAUUGUGCGCUGAGACGAGUAGUGAACGCGUUAGUGAAGCUGAAAAGUACAUUUGGAAAGAAAAGCAACGCGUUCACCGGAUAUGCAAUGUUUGUACUAGAGAGAGAUGGUAGCUCAAGAUGUAUGCUAAAGCAAGUCAGCACUGUUUUGUAGCCUCUCCCUUCCCCCGUUAUAGUGGACGCGUUGGUGUAUCCGUUCAGGAAAGUACAGCUCCUCAAUCAAUAACCAUCAGCGCGUAAUUAAUCGGGGUUGCGAAUGUGAUGCAUUUGCCUCGCUUUAGGGUUCUUGCGUACGCUGUCGACAGGCUCUCGUGUUAGCGCCCAGCCUAAUUGUAGAUAGUGAGGAGUAGUAGCAACGAUGAUAGAGACGGCAUGCAGUAGCAUUUUGCUGCAGCUCGUAGUUGCACCGCACCAAUGAGAUGUGUAGUAUGUGUUGGCUAGUCUCUCUUUAUUCAAAUGAUGUUUUAUAUUUCCCCUUUGAACAGGGGGAAAAAAGCUCCCGCUCAGUAAUAGAUGUUUUGCCCUCUUUCCAUUCUAAACUUGCGCGUUUGACUUGACUAAUUUUAUAUCCCAGUUUUUGCUCUUUCUUUUCAUCAAGUUGUGCUUCACCUUAAUGUUCACUAAACAAGCAACAAUUUGCCGAAUUCAAGUAAGAUACUGUAACCACUAUAGAAUAAAAUACACAAUGAAAAAAAAGAAGAACAAACCCAACCACAUUUGCAAUAAUAAUCUCUCCGUCUAACGUUUGUCCUCGAUGUGAAACUUUAAACAAAGCAGCACAGUAGAAAUCCUUGCAGAGGGAAAGUAUAAUAGCAGCAGGGCGAGAUAAUAUUACCAGCAAACAGAGCAGAAUUAACAAUACACAACCUAUAAUAACCUAUUGACCACAAAAUAGUGCAAUAUUAAUGCUGGCAAGAUAGAGGAUAAAGCACGCCGCUUGUUACAAGAGAGUUCAGAGAGAAGUAAGAUGGAGUAUUAGUUUGCAAAAGAAAGCACACACAGAAGAGUAGUUAAACGCAUUGUUCACAGGACAGAAACACUAACCUUACACCUUUUUCUCCUCCGGUUGAUGAAAUCUCGCUCCACGGAAGUGAAAUGUUUGUAUUUAAUGGUUUCCUUCAGAUGUUUCACGCAUAAAUGUGUGUAUGUGCUACAUUGCAAAUAUUGAUAUUGUUGAGAUUGAUCGAUUGUUUAGAGUUUUUGAGGCAAAUUGCGGGCGGCUGCGAUCGGGAGAUGAGGGCGGAUAUUUAUAAAGGGAGAAGCGGAUGUAGCGGACAUGUAAAAUAGACACAAAUGAGAGAAUGCAAACACACCGAGGGCGUUGUGGAGAGAAGAAGAGUAAAGGACAUAUUUAGUCAAAUAAUAAUGAGAAAGACACCGAACAGGAAUAGGAAAACAGGAGAGCGGGAAAAUUAAGGGAAUAUUGUUUUGUGAUCUUUAUGUAAAUGUAAAAGCUUCGAGAGUGGAUCUAAUCAGUUUCCUUCCUCGGAUACGUACACCCCAUUUUGUGAUGAUCCGUUCAUGUGUCCGUGUGUGUGUGUGAGUGUGUGUGAAAGGAUAAUUGGGUGUGCAUGUGUGCGUUUAAUUUGUAUAAUUUCCUGUUGUAAAUAUUUGCUUUAUUUCAUUCAAAAGAAGCGAUCCGAUAGGCAAUAGAGUGAAGGAAGAUGAAAAAGCGAAAACACACGCAACCCCAGACUAGUUUAUAAUUAUAACCAGUUUAGCAAUGACCGCGACCCGCGAAUCGCAACACAAUCUUGUUGUAGCUUGUAGCAGAUUUUGUUGCGAAUCUGGCUGAUGCUUCUCAAAUUUCACCGCCCCUCCCCUUCAAAACGUUUGCCUUAAUGGUUCUCUUUUUGUUUGCAUUUGCAAAACGAAUGCUCCAGGGCAGGGCAGGUAUGCUUCUAAGCGUCUAAGGCAAAUAAAACGGUUGGAAAACAGUGCAGAAAGUAGCGUCGUCGUGCACAGGACCUAAAGGACCGAAAGGUUACAAGCAAACUGCAAGUGCAGGAGGAAGCUGAAAAUGUAAAACAGGGCAAAAAAUGAAGCUUCCACCGGAAAUGAACUGACAUGGAUCUGCGCAUUGUUUUUCCUUUACUCGCAUUCAACGCAAAGAUAUACGCAAAGUAAACGCAAUCCCUUAUUGGUGUUUUAUUGGUAUGAGAGAGGAGACACAAAACAAACGAGCUCAGAAUGAAGUGAAAGCGACUUUUUCCUUCUAAAUCAAAAGAACGAAGGAAAAAUAAAUAAUGUACUGAGAAGCAAAACAAUGCACUGAAAACAAUGUAAAUCGAAGAGCAAAUUUAUUAAGUGUACACACCAUCACCACCACCACGACUUUCCCUUCCCCAAAUGACAAGGCGGGCCGAAGGGCUGGACCGCAGAUUUGAAUUACCAAUACACAACCAAUACUUAUCAAUGUUGCCUGCAGUGUGGCGAAUAAAUGAAAUACAAAAAUGAAACAAAAACAAA